AAAAAAAACCUAAGCAUGAAAGCUGAAGCACUGAAACUGCUAGGAGAAAACAUAGUAAGUAUGCUACAUGAUAUAUGCAUAGAAAAGUACUUCCUGGUAGGGUGUGAGGCCGAGGCUCCUAGCCGGUUCGCAGCGCGCCCGCCCUUUCCAUCGGGGGCUCGGCUUCGGCUUGUCCCAGGCAGGCGGCUGUCGAAUCCGGAGGAGGAGCUCGAGGACGGCGGCCCACGUUGCGCAGGCGGGAAGAUGGCGGCGGCCUCGGUCUCGGCGGCUUCGGAGUCUCAUUUUUCGAACAUCCUAGCUGAACCAUUGAGGUCUAACAGAAAUAUGGUUCGUCGUUCUUCAUCUCCAUAUGUAUUAUAUCCACCUGAUAAGCCUUUCCUUAAUAGUGAUCUGCGACGCUCCCCAAAUAAGCCCACACUUGCCUAUCCAGAAAGCAACAGCAGAGCCAUAUUUUCUGCUCUUAAGAAUCUUCAAGAUAAGAUUCGACGCUUGGAACUGGAAAGGAUUCAGGCAGAAGAAAGUGUGAAAACCUUGUCUAGGGAAACAAUUGAAUAUAAGAAAGUAUUGGAUGAACAGAUACAAGAGAGAGAGAAUUCAAAGAAUGAAGAAUCAAAGCACAAUCAAGAAUUGACAUCCCAGCUGUUAGCUGCAGAAAAUAAAUGUAGUCUUUUAGAAAAACAAUUGGAAUACAUGAGAAAUAUGAUAAAGCAUGCAGAGAUGGAGAGGACAUCUGUCUUAGAAAAGCAGGUUUCCCUAGAAAGAGAACGGCAACAUGAUCAAACUCACGUUCAGAGCCAGCUGGAAAAACUGGAUCUUCUCGAGCAAGAAUACAACAAACUUACCACAAUGCAGGCUCUUGCAGAAAAAAAAAUGCAAGAAUUAGAGUCUAAACUCCGUGAAGAAGAGCAGGAAAGGAAGCGAAUGCAGGCUCAGGCAGCAGAGUUGCAGACUGGUCUAGAAGCAAAUAGACUUAUUUUUGAAGAUAAGACAACUUCAUAUGUUCCAACCAGCACUAGAAAAAUUAAAAAGAAGAAGUCAAAACCACCAGAAAAGAAAGGUUCUAGAAACUAUUUCGGUGCACAGCCACACUACAGAUUGUGCUUAGGUGAUAUGCCCUUUGUUGCUGGAAAGUCCACCAGUCCCAGCCAUGCCGUGGUAGCCAACGUUCAGCAUGUCUUGCAUCUGAUGAAGCACCACAGUAAAGCUCUGUGCAAUGAUCGAGUUGUUAACAGUGUUCCCUUGGCAAAGCAAGCUUGUUCACGAGGAAGCAAGAAUAAGAAGUCAGUGACGCCUCCCUCCGGCAGUGUCAGUGAAGAACUGUCGGAUGUCUUACAGACUCUACAGGAUGAAUUUGGGCAAAUGAGCUUCGAUCACCAACAGCUUGCUAAACUCAUCCAGGAGUCACCAACUGUGGAACUGAAGGACAACUUGGAGUGUGAAUUGGAGGCAUUAGUUGGGAGAAUGGAAGCAAAAGCCAACCAGAUAACUAAAGUCCAGAAAUACCAAGCCCAGCUGGAGAAACAGAACACAGAUAAACAAAAAAAGGAAUUAAAAGCUAAUAAAAAGACUCUUGAUGAAGAAGGAAACAGCAGUCGUUCAUCUGGAGUCACAAGGACCACAAGUAAGAAGGAUUUUGCCAAACAGAGACCUGGAGAAAAAAGCAGGAAAAAUCUUCAGUUACUGAAAGACAUGCAAACCAUAGAGAAUUCAUUGCAGAGCAGUAGUCUGUGUUGGGAUUACUGACACCAGAUCAUAAAUGAUGUAUCUUACUGGACAAUGACAAUAGACUUUCCAGGUUUCAUGCUUGCUAAUGUUGCCAUUACUAGCAGGUGUUAAGGGGCCCAAGCUUCAUUACAUAAUCUCUUGUGUUACGCAGCACAACUAAAUGGAAAUGGAGUUUUACAGCCCGAGAAGCUGUGCUGUCUCUUUGAAUUUGCUGUAUUCAUAUACUGCACUUUGUAAACAAAUGACCAGUUUUUUACUUGUGGGUAUGUUUUUUAAGUAG